CGCGCCCCGCGCCCCCGCGCGCUCCGGCCUAGGCGGCUCCUCCGUGGGCGCUCGGGCCGCCUCCCCGCCCGGUCCUGCGCCGCGCCUUCCCGGCCGGCCCAUCGCAGCCUGGGGGCGCAGGGGCCCGAGUCCCGCCGGCCGAGCGGAUCCUGGGAGCCCCAGCAGGGUAGGAGGGGCUGGGAACGCGCCCCGGGGCUCCCCGGACCGAGAGAGCCCAGGGCUGCUUCUCUGAACCCCGCGUCGAGGCCCGCGAGCGUGCGCGCUGCCCCGCGUGGGCGUGUUCCACGGCCUGGAGACGUGUGUGUGUGUGUGUGUGUGUGUGUGUGUGUGUGUGUGUGUAGGGGGGUAGGGGCACCCGCCCCGCAGCUCCGGCUCGGUGGCUGGGUCGGGCAGACGUCUGCAGGCCUGGCUGCGCCUAGGCGCGCUGCUCACAGGCCCACCUGCCAGCCAGGCCCGGGAAGGGCCCCGUGUGUGGUAAGUGACACAGACGCACAAGCCUCACUCCUGGAAGGGCCACCAUCGCCUCUGACCCCGACCCACUUGCUGACUGGGCAGGGAAGUGAGUUUGGAGACCAGACCGGAUGUGGUGGUGGAAGUUGGGAGCUGGAGGGCCUGCCCCCAGGUUUCUUCUCCGUGCCUUUUCCUGGCAGGAGCCAUUCUAGUCCAGAUGUGGUUUCUCUUAACCCGGCUUUAGGGAGCCAGUCCCCGCAGGAUCAAGCCUGUAGGUCCAGACGGGUCCUGGGACUGAGUAGUCCUGUCCUUGAGGUUUCUGGCCUCCAGGCUGAGCUCCCAGAUGAGAAAAGAACCAGGGGGCCUCUGGGGCCCUAUGUUCUCUGCUCUGGCUGAACCCACCAAGGAACCUUCCUGAGCAGUUUCUCAACAGGAGGUGAGGGCUGGACACAGGCCCUGGAAGCAGGAGUGGGGCCACAGUCACUUGGGGGAGCUGUGCCUUUGGAGCUUAGGGUGUUGGGUUCCUCAGCUUAUGCUGACAAGUCUGGGGGAGGCCCCCACUGGCAAGUCUCCAGCCUGGCUCUGACGGCGGUGGGGAUGGGAGUCUCUGGUCCUCCCAUGCCACCCCUGGACUCAGACCAGGGAUUUGCUGAGGUUUCCAACCUGCUCUCCUCCUGCACCCUGGCUCCUCCAGCUUUGGCCUGUGGGGGCUAGCUCUGUCCACCCCACCCCAUCUGACACAGGAGGAAACUGUCAGGUUGGUGAAUGGGGAGGUGGGGGGGUGGUGAUAACCAGCUCUGGAGUGAAUCAGGAUGGAGUGAGCCAGGAGCAGAGGGUGGGGGGAGACACAGACUCCCAACACCUGGCCUGAAGGAUUUCCCCCAUCUUGCUACACACACCCACUUUUGGACUCAGAGAAGUCUCCCAGCCCCCUUGCCUGAGUGUUGCCAUGACACUCCAACCCCUUCUCCAGGAGAUGCAGUCCCUGGGAGCACUGCUAGCCAGCAGAGCCAUGCUUCACAACUCCAGCCACAGAGAAGGCACGGUCCACGUGGAUAAGACACGGAGGAUGCAGGACAGGGAUGGGGAAGGGGUGUGGAUAGGGGGAGCUCUGGCUCCCAAUACCUCCUCUCCAUUCCCCCCUGAGCCUCCAGGGGCCUCAGGCAACAUUAUCCCCGUCUACUGUGCCCUCCUGGCCACCGUGGUCCUCGGCCUGCUCGCCUACGUGGCCUUCAAGUGCUGGCGCUCACAUAAACAAAGACAGCAGCUGGCCAAAGCUCGGACUGCAGAGCUGGGGGACCUCGACAGGGACCAGAGGCAUGGGGACAGCAUUGUCUUCCUGGACAAUCCUAGCGGUCGGGAGCCCUGUGCCCCCAGCCAGGGGUCACAUCCUGAAUUUGGCUGCCGGCUUUACCUUCACCUCCCUCGGCCGCAGCAAGAGGAAGUGGAGCGGCUCCUGGAAGCAUCGGGCGAAGCUGACAAAGGCUGGCAGGGCCUAGCAGGCCGUCUGGGCUACCCGGCUGAUGCUGUGGAGGUCAUAGCCCGGGGCCAGCUGCCAGCCCACACCCUGCUCAGGGACUGGGCUGUCAAAGAAGGCAGUGGUGCCACCCUGAGGGUGCUAGAGGACACCCUGGCUGCCAUGGGCCGUGAAGAUGUGCUCCGGGUCCUGGGUCCCCCGGCUGAGGGCUGCUCUGUGGUGUGAGUGAUGCCACCACGGCCAGGCCUCUCAGGGAACCUGCUCUGGUGCUCCCCCCACAGCCACAUGUGCUUUCCUUUUCAUGAGCUUCCUGGCACUGGCGGCCUCAGCCUGCUCUGUUUGGAGGGAACACAGAAGGUCCAGCCACCGCUCACCUCCCCUUGCCCUACCUUCCUCCAGGACAGCGACCAGGACAUGGGGAGGGACUUAGCAGUGGUCCUGCCUUCCCCCUCCCCACUACACCUCCCUUAUCUGCGUCAACUGGUUUUUCUACUUUUGUAUCUCAUAUUAAAGGCAACUUUGGACUAC